AGAGACUGAGCAGGAGUCAGUCAGUCAGAGAACACCCAGCUGCAUGCCUGCCCUGCUCUAAUGCUAACAACAGAUAGUUGUCUGGGGCCAGAGGUCAGCAGGCCAUGCAUAGACACACAAACGAGAGAGAUAACAGAUUCUCCUAGGAACUAAAGAGAUCGACAUUAGCUGUCCAAUGCCAAGCAGCCUCUGUCAUUGCUAAAAGAGAGGUUGGAGCUUGUGAUUCCUCCUCAAAAGGUUCCACUUUUUUUCACUUAUUUUUGUUAAUCUAAGCUCUAUUGUCAAACAUGGGGUGCUCCUCAUCCAGUGCACAGACUGUUGAGCAGGAGAAAAGACCAGGUACAAAGCCAGAGGAGAGCAAUGGAGAGACAGCAGCACUCAGAAAUGGCCACAUUGCGGAAGACGCACAAACAAUCGAGGACCAAAUGCAGCUGCCUUUGCAGACGGCCUUAUUAAAUGAUCUUCAGCCAGGAAUCGAUGAGGAGGAGGCAGUGUUAAUGGCCCUGGAGGCCCAGGAGGAUCUUGGGUCUGGAGAGGAUCUUCUAACUACUGUGGAACCACAGCCAGAACCUGAUGCCCCUGAAAAGCCAGCUCCAGAAGCACCAGCUGCAGCUCCAUCUGUGGCUCCAGAGACUCCAACAGAGGCACCAACAGAGGUUCUGACAGAGGGUCUAGUGGCUCCAGCAGCAGCUGCAUCUGUGGCUAUAGAGGCUCCAGCAGAGGCACCAACAGAGGUUCCGACAGAGGUUCUAGUGGCUCCAGCUGGAGCAGCAUCUGUGGCUAUAGAGGCUCCAGCAGAGGCACCAACAGAGGUUCCAGUAGAGGCUCUAGUGGCUCCAGCUGCAGCAGAAUCUGUGGCUAUAGAGGCUCCAGCAGAGGCACCAACAGAGAGUCCAGCUGAAGCUCCAGCAGAAGCUCCAUUAGAGGUUCCAAGAGAGGCUCAACCAGAGGUUCCAACAGAGAGUCCAGCUGAAGCUCCUGCAGAGGCUCCAGUUGCAUCUAAUAUCACUGUUGGAGCAGUUGAGGUUGUACCUACUGUGGAGACAGCAGCCCAUGUAGAACCUGUUGUGGCUGAAGCCGUGUCUUUGGACAAAGCCCUUGUUGAGGCUGCAGAGGAGGCCCCCAUUGUUGAAUCUGUUGUAGCAGUGCAGGUACAGGCUCCUGUUGUUGAGGAAGUUCCUGUUGUGACACUUGAGGCCUCUCCUGAAGCAGCCACGCUUGCUGUUGAACCUGUUGUAUCAGAGCCAGUUGUGGUAGUGGAAGAGGCAGUGACUGUGACUACAGAGGCCUCAGCAGAAGUGGCUGCUCCUGUGGAGACAGUGUCUCCACCUGACAGUGUGGCACCAGAGACUGCCUCAGUGACACCAACGGGAUCCUCAGAGCCAGACGAAAUUCCUGCAUCUCCAUCAAUUGAGGCUGCAACACCACCUGAAGCUGUAGUACCAAAUGAAAAUCCAGCACCAAGCUCAUCUUUUGUACCUGUGGAGGCUGCUGUGCCUAUAAUAGAUACAGAGGUUGCUGAAGCAACUAUUCCAGCAAUGCCUGCAAUAUCUCCACUCACAGCUCAGCCUGAUGACGCUGAAAAUGCCACAGAACCUCUUGCACCUUCUACUGCUGAACCAACCCCAACACCAGACACUCCAUCAUCCUCACAAACACCUUUAGAAGUAUCUCCAGCAGUUGUGCCAUCUGAGACCAUAGUGGGCAGUGCAGACCCAGUACAAGAACCUGUGGUUGAGCCCAAACCAGCAGAUUCUGAACUGUCACCCAAAGUGGAGACUGUAACAGAAGCCCCCAAGGAUGCAGCGAACAAGAAAACUAAAGCCGACUGAGUUUGUGGAAACACAACACAACAAAUCUACCAAAAAUGAUGGGAACUCCUCAGAACUACAACACAAAUGCCAGGUGUACUGUAAGAACAAUAUGAACAACACUAUUCAUGUACAAUAUGCCUUAAUAACUUUGUGGUUGCUAGACCCGAAGUGCCUAAAGCCACAGGCCUUUUGAAAGUAUUAGUACAUGCCACAAACAGUUAGCACAAGUACAAUGAGAUGAAACAGGUGCAAUACUGUGUGAAGUCUGUUAUGUUAGUGUGCUGAAGUCUGGGGAAUGACGCUUACAAAAAAAGUGUGAAUAAAAUAAGGCAAAGAGAUUAACGUAACAUAAAAAAAAAAAAGACAUUUAACAUUUUCUGAAACGUGUAUAACCAUGAAUCCAUUUUGAUUUAUGUUCACUUGGUUGUUGCUUUACUAAUAAUGUUUGUUUGACAGUCUAUGCCUUCUUAAAUAAGUCCUUUUGAUAUCCCAUUUCACUGAGAAAUUAUUGAUUAAAAUUAUGUCGGGUGAAAGAAAAAUCAAAAUACAUUCAAAUGAUUAGUGAGACUGGAUUAAUAAAAAAAUCAAAGCCAGGAUGAGGAUCCAGGUGUACUGAUGAUGCACUUGCUGUUUCAUGAUGUCAUUUUGUGCUCCUGUAUCUGAAAUAUGAAGUCAUUCCCAACAUCAUUUACAGUAAAGGCACUAAGCCCGGUUAUGCUUAUAAUACGCACACUGGUUUUGCGUUGUGCAUUAAAAAUGUCUAGCACAGUGAGAUAAUGUGUCACAAAGAGUCAAGGUCUUGGAAAAAUUAUUUUAAUUGCAUAAUAUGUGAAAAAAAAAUCAAUGAAAACAAAAAUCUGUUUUCAUGUCUGACAUCUUUGUGUUCCUUCCUCAUUUUCUAAGCUUGUUUGUGACUCUGCUAACCCGUUAGUGUACAGAAUAAAGUUUAACAUCACCAAUA